CGCGCUGCACUCCUCUCCCAAUGGCGCACGCGGGUCCUGUUGCACGGGCGCCGCCCCCGCCCGGUUCUGCAGUCCCGGACCGAGCGCCCCGCUCUCCCGCUCCCGGGUCCCGGCAGCUCGGGGCGGCGCUGGCACACAGUGACCUUGGCGCCAGAGCGAAGGCCUGGCAGUCCGCGCGAGGCCCCUGGCUGUAGACAGCGCUGUCCACGCUGCCUGCCGGUCGCCUGGGAUCCAGCUGCCCCGCCCUGCCUCCCACCAUGUCCGUGACCGACCAGGCCUUCGUGACCUUGGCUACCAAUGACCUCUACUGCCAGGGCGCGUUGGUUGUGGGCCAGUCCUUGAGGAACCACAGGACCGUGAGGAAGCUGGUGGUGCUGAUCACACCGCAGGUGUCUGGCCCGCUCAGGGUCAUCCUCUCACGGGUGUUUGACGAGAUGAUUGUGGUGAACCUCUUGGACAGUGAAGACUACGCCCACCUCACCUUCCUGAAGAGACCAGAGCUGGGCAUCACCCUCACCAAGCUCCACUGUUGGACGCUCACCCAGUACAGCAAGUGCGUCUUCCUGGAUGCAGACACUUUGGUCCUGUCCAAUAUCGACGAGCUGUUUGACAGGGGCGAGUUUUCGGCAGCCCCUGACCCUGGGUGGCCAGACUGCUUCAACAGCGGGGUGUUCGUCUUCCGGCCUUCCCUGGAGACCCACAGCCGCCUCCUGCAGCACGCCACUGAGCACGGCAGCUUUGACGGGGCCGACCAAGGGUUGCUGAACGCUUUCUUCAGGAACUGGGCAACAGCCGACAUCCACAAGCACCUGCCGUUCAUCUACAACCUCAGCAGCAGCACCGUGUACACCUACGGCCCAGCGUUCCAGCAAUUCGGGGCCAGUGCCAAGGUGGUGCAUUUUCUGGGGCCCAGGAAGCCCUGGAAUUACACGUACAACCUGCAGACCGGUUCUGUGGUGGAGCAGGGUUCGGGCGUCGCCAGCCGGCAGCAGGAGCCGUUUCUCGGCCUCUGGUGGAGCGUCUACCACGGCCAGGUGCUGCCGCUGUAUGCGCAUGGCCCUGCAGCCCGGAGGGACGCAUCUCCCGGCCCCGCGGUUUGUCUCGGUGGUCCUGAUGUCUCGUGUGGAAACUCGGCAUCCGGAACCAGAGAACUCUGUGUAAGUUCAGCCUCCAGCAUGGAGGUUCUGCCACGUGCGACUCCGGCCCUGGAGCCUGACGCCGAGGUGGGUGAGACAGAUCCCUCCUCUGAAGACUGCCGUUCAGAAGAUAUGGUAGAGUGUCCUGAAAUUGAGGCUUCAGCUGGAGUUACGUGUGACCCACAGUCCCUGACCCCUCCUUUGGUACAGUCUGCUGAAACCCAAAGCAUCUCGCAGCCUGAGAAUAAAAUUGAAGUUGGCCCCGCUGCGGAUUCCUUGGAACCAAGCCAGGAGCCCCUGGCUGAGGUCGCCAGAUAUCCAGGUCUUCAGCAAGCUUUGGAGGUGAACGUGGCCAUCUGUCUGUCGGAAAUCUCCAUCAAGGAGAAGGUGCAGGAGCAGAGCCCCGAGGAGGAGCGGAGGCAGUGGGAAGAGGGGCGUGUGGACUACCUGGGGAGGGACGCCUUCGCCCGCAUCCAGGAGAAGCUGGACCGCUUCCUGCAGUGAGUGACAUCUCCGGCCAGCCACGCCCGGGCUCACUGUGACCAUGGCUCCCGACCCCGUCCGGGGAAGCCCUGUGAGACUCCGUGCCUCUCUGUCUGCUUAACCAGCCUGAGUGCCUUGCGGAACUGACGGAGGUGGCACAAACCCACCUGGAAGCCGCCUCCUGGUCGCCCCAGCUUCUGCUGUCUUCCUGGCUUUGUCCCAAAGUCCGAUCUGCCCUUUAACUUUCUUUUUAACUCCUCUGACCUCAGACCUGGUCUUGCAGGACGGAGGUCUGAGUGGCCGCCGUGCAUGGGUGCUUCAGAGUCAGACUCACUUGCUCCGCUCUGCUGUUCCUCGGCUGCUAGCAGCACUUGCGUUUGGUGCCUCAGCCUGCCGGGAUGAGAGACCCCUUCUGCAGCCUGUCCCGGGUGCAUCCCGUGGGGAGGCUGCAGGGCGCAGCUGAGAAACCACAGCUUCAAGCCCAGGGCUGCUUCCGAGGGCCAGAGAACGAAACCCAGUGGGGUGUUGGCGAGAGAGACCGGAGCCGUGGUGGCCCUGAACUGCGUUGCUGACCACUUUGCCCCCCACGAAGCAGGGCAGUGCCUUCUGCCCAGAGACAGCGUCUCCGAGUGCUCCUUGCGCAGCCGCGAAGUGAGUCUGCUCUACCUCAGUUCUCCGUCACUUACGGGAAUCGCUUUGCUCCCCAAAGCCACCUCCAGGAGGAUUCUCCGUGUCACGAGCCUGGAGACUGUCCCUGGACAGGGGCCGUCCGCGUGUCCCGAGUGGGUGCAGGGCGCCGUGUCUGGCUGGCUGGGUGGCCGUUGGUGGUCAUGGCCACGGUGCUCAGAAAGCACGGGGUACGUGUGCUGACAUGAGGCCAGCAUGGCCGUCUUAGCCUUUGAGCGCUCUGCAUCGUGGACGCGCUGCAGAAAGCCAGGGGUUUCUCAGCCGCAGGUUGGAGGGAUUCCAGUGCGCUCGGCUCGGCGCUGCUUGCAUUGCAUGGGUGCCUUCGGGCUGUUCUCCCAGCCCCUGCAAGCGGCAUGAUGGCUCUUGGGUACAGGAAUCAGCCUGACCUUCUGGCUUCAGCUGCGCCGGGUCUGGUUUGCCGGGAUUUAAAUUUUAGCACAGCCAUAGCAAUAGGGCCUCGGCUUAGGUGGGUAGCGUAGGUCACCGGCCAGGGCACAGAUAACACCGUGCGGGAAAAUUACGCGUGGGCUUGGGAUGUGAUGAGCAGAAGGCUGAGUCUUCACAGGACACACGGGGAGGAUUCCAGGCAGUGAAUUUUGAGUCUGUCGGGCUUUCUCCCGAGAGGAGGCCGCGCGUACGCGCUGCGGGUCGUCGGUGGGAGGUCGAAGCCGCACCUGGUAUUCUGCUAUGCAAUCCGCCGUGUCCACCCCGGGGAAUGGUGCUCCUGCCUUUGAAUUAAAGUUUUAAAACAACCCGCGA